CACGUGACGAUACAUGGCAUGUGACGGUCAGCUGCAUCAUGUUUGUUUCGAAUGUUUUUCCUAUUUCUUAACACCUGAGGGAUGUCAGCUUUCUGAUUUCGUCUAAAAAUGGGGAAACAGAAAUUACACAUGGGCAAUUAGUUUCUAUGCCUUAUUGCUCAGUCUAGGCAGCGCCCAGUUUCUGAGAUAUAUAUAUGUUGCCUUCUUUAAUUCUGUUAAAACACCUUACACCAUGUUAAGUAGGCCCGAGGCGCGUGCACAGAGUGCAUUAGAGGUUGCUCUGGUACCGGACAGUGGUUUAUGUACAGAUGUGGGGCACACUGUUAAAGCCAGAGUGGCUGCUGGCUGUUCACUGCUCUGCUGUCUGAAUGUUGACGGCAAACUGACGAUCCGUGAUGUUUCUGAACCUGGUACUGCAGUGCAUCUGCCUGAAGACUCUUACACAGACUUUCUCUGGGAGGUGUCCACUGAGCAAAAUAAAGUUGACAAGCCCAGACUCCUGACUCUGAGACCAGCUUGUAAUCUUAGACUUCAUGAGAUUGAUUCAGAAAGGCAGGUGACGUCAGUGGCCGAGUGUGCUACAGACAGACUCCUGCAGCUUGUCAGUAAGGACUUAAAUGGGAGUAAACUGGCCUCAACAAAACUGCUGUCGUUCACUGACGGUCUCUGUCACCUCCUGCUGAAUGGAUGUGUCCUGGUACAUCUUCGAUGGGAGGAGGGCUCUGCUGAGCCAGAGCUGCUGUCUUGCUGUGUCCUCAGUCUGCCUUCUGAAACUCAGGAAAUGUUCACAGACUACCAGCUCUGCAAAGGCAUUCUCUUUAUGCUAGCAGGCCCUGGAUUCAUAUAUGUCUUUGACAGUGCAGAUGGGAAGCACCUCGCUACAGUGGAUCUCCCUGGUUACUACAUAUCAGUACAGAGGGAUACAGAGCCUGUUGAAUCUCUCUCUUCCUUCUGCCUUCUCCACAUUUCGCAAGACCUCAGCACAGUUGUGGCUGCCACAAGACAAAACCACGCACUGGCUGUUGAUCUCAAUGAUUAUUUCAGGAUUCACAAAAACCAGUUGCACUCUCAGCUGGACCCCAGACCUCUUCCUCUCAUACCCACAAAGCCUUGUGAUCAGGACAGCAUUGCCAGCUCAGCUUACAGUCAGUCUGUAUUAGGAACUCACUACCAAAGUGAUCACUUAUGGGAGGCAAGACUGGCAUUGCUCUAUACGCAAGCAAAAGCUUCAGUUCCUUCAGCUCUAAGGCUUCCAUGGUACAAAGACCUCCCUCGCGCCGAAUGCCGUGAAGCAUCGGUCACCGCCAAGCUCAGUCGGUCCACUCUACCACCAGGAGGUGCUGUUAUGUCUUUCACUCUGCCUGAACGGAACGCACCGAAUCUGUUGAUUGUCUCUGAGUUUUCAGCAGUGCUUAGUUUUACGUCACCUGAUAACAGCAGCGCAGCCCUGGCCUACUGGGACCUGGAGACUCAGAGUGUUACAUAUCAUCACAUUGAUGUGCCAGCCUUACCUGUCUGCUGGUCCGAAGAGGAACAUCUCUCUCUGAUUCUGAAAGCAUCAGGGAUGUCUUUGGUGAUGUUCACGGUUUCUCAGGAGGAGCUGCUGAACAGACUGAUGGUGUUUGGAAGUGCCGGGACGGUGGACUCGCUGUGCCAUCUGAAUGCUUGGGGACGUUGUUCAAUGCCCAUCCAUUCCUUGCAGGCAGGACUAAAGAACCGACAGCUGGACAUGGUGGAUUUCUUCCUGAAGAGUAAAGAGAAUAUUCUCUGCCCAACCACAAGCUACAGUCUGCCUGAGCAGACCUCCACCUCAACACAGAUGCAGCUGAAUAACAUCCAGGAUCUGUGUCCAGCAUUGGAUCUGCUUCAGUGUGCUAUCAGAGACACAUACGCCGAGGGUCAGAGUCGACAGUUCUGUGAACAGCUGCUCAGCAUGACACUAAACUUCCUCAACACACAAAUCAGAGUCAUCCUAACCAGCACUCCAGAGCCGGAUGCUAACUUACAUGAGUGUGUGAAGAUCUUGAAUGGUUAUAUCUCUAAACUACGUACCUAUUUGAAGAAGUACCCAUGGCUCGGAGGGGGUGAGAGUCAGGCUCCUCCUUCAGACACUGUCCCUGGUACAGCCUCUGAGGAUGAGUUCGACACACGCUCCGUUGAGGAGAUUGUCCAACGUGCCGUUUUAAACAGGGAGCUCCCAUGUGCACAGGCAUAUCUGCGCAGGCGCAACUGUCCAGAGCAGAAGCUGGAGGAACUGAGGAAAACAGGCUUGAGACUUGCCUUCACUUGUCUCACACAGCGAGACCUGCAGCAGGCCACAACACUGCUCACUAACAUGGGCUUUAAUGUGAAAGAGCAGCUCCACAAUAUCUGUGUUUACACGGCAGAUCGGGAGCUCAGGGCCUUUAUGGUAGAAGAACUGGAAAGAAUUAAUCAUCUCGCUAGUGAGGACCUACAAAAAGUGGAGUUUAUUAAACAGAUUGAAAAUUUGUGCUCCAGACCAGCAACAAGAUGUUCAAAGCCUUUUGACAAGAAGAGGGUUAUUCAAAAAAGCCAGCUGGAAGCCGAGAGCAGAAACCUCCUACAGGGGAUAUUGCAUGAACUCACACCUUGCUCCGUCCAGUCUCUGAUUGGCUCAGUGCGUCUGGACUGGGUCAGGCACUGGGAUAAUGACACACAGAAAUCUGUGCUGCUCUCCCGACUUCCAGACCACCUGUUGGGCUCCUGUGAUCCAGCUGUGCUGUGGUCUUACCUCACCUCCCUGCAUGACCAGGACAGAGUUACUGCAUGGCUGACGCACAUAGCCACGAAAGACUGCGAGAGCACUGCUGCCUCCAAGUGGCCUGUGCUCACCGCUGAUGUUGUGGAUGGAAACACCUACUGUAGUGAUUAUAUGAAAGACCAAAUCCUGGACAUUCUUGCCAGACAAGAAGUAUUUGUGCAGUCCGAGAUGUCUGAUUUUGAGCAGCUGUUGUGGAGGUUAGGUCAGGCCAGAGGUGUUAUGCGAGACGUCAAUGACCCUCCUGUCCCACAGUUCCGUACUUCCAAAGGACAGGAUUUUCACACAUGCUUUAUUCAGCAUUGUCUGGAGAACAACCUACAGUAUCUGCUCUAUACCUACCUGCAGCAUUACAGGUUGACUUCCAGUAACUGCCCUGCAGUUGAAGACAGAAAACUGUAUGAGAGUUACCCCUGGUUUGAGAUGAUGGUCAAAUUGCAGAGCAUUACACAAGAUCUGAAAAAUCCAGAGCGAGUGUUCCAGGCGAGUCUGACGAGUGCUCAGGUGCUGUUACCGGGCAGUCAGGCUAGUGUUAGCAGCAUGCUGUUGGAGGGGCACAGCCUUCUAGCUCUCUCCACUAUUAUGUUUGCACCUGGGGGCAUUGAUAGGGUGGUGACAGAGGGCGAUAAAGGUCAGGACGUCCUAUCUAGAGUGGACCCACAGCUCCUCAGGAUGGCUCUGAGUGCAUAUCCCAAACUCAGAGCUGCUCUUUUUUCACAGACUGGCCCAAGAGUUCCUUCAAUUUGUGAUGUAUCAAUAUAUCACCUCAUGCAGUCAUUGCAUCCAUUGGAUCUGUCCAGACUGUUUGGUUGGCAGUCUGCUAACACGCUAGGAACUGCAGAAACCUCAGCAGAGCUUCCUCAUUUCUCCAGUCCCCACCUGGUUAAUAAGUACGCACUCAUUGAAAACCUGGACUUUUUAUACUAUCUCCAACAUGGCAGACCUUCCUUCGCGUAUGGAAUUUUCAUUAUUCAGCAUCUGGCUGAUUCCAGCAGUGUCAAACUACAGAUGAGUUGGGCUGUGGAACAGACGUACACUCUUGGGCUCCUGAAUUUCAGCUCUCCAUCUCUAGCUUCAGCGUGUGUGUGUUUCUUUGAGUUACUGGGUGUGUGCAGUUUGAAAUUGAGGGUGGACCUGAAGGCUCUCAAUCUUAUCCUCAAGCUCUGGAGUCAGAACUGUGAGGAGAGCAGUGUGAGCUCACUUAAACAGUCUCUGGUGGACAAGGUAAAUAAGGUGGUGGCGUCUGAGAGACAGACUCUAGAGGAGUUACUGUUGCAUCUGGAAGGGGCAGUGAGGGACAUUGUGGAGAGCAGAGGCAUCAGCAGGUCUUCAUAUGCAGCAGGACAGGAGUGGGCUCUCCCUGUUCAGUUUUGCCACCUACAUAAUCUGCCCCUGAGCACCCAGUACCUGCAAGACUGUGCCACCGAUGACCAAUGGCUUAACUUUCUGCUGUUCGUACAGAUACACCAUUACCCUCCACAACAGGUGAAAUAUCUGACAGCCAGCUUCAGCCCAGGUCUGCAGGCUCAUCUCUUCCUAGCCUUCCAAGACCUUCAGCUAGUGAACUCUCAACAAGCUGUGAAAGACCCGAGAGACUCCCUGUGCUCGCUGAUGAAAGAAGAAAGCUCAGAUUGCCCUAAGGAUCUGUUCCAGGUCCUGUUUCAGAGUGAGGAGCAGACUAGCCCCUGGCAGUACCUGCUGGCUGAAGCUGUUACACUGCAUAGUCCACCACUUACAGUGCUUGCUGCUUGUUACCAGGAGGCUGAGCUACUGCAGUGUCUAUGUGUAUGGAUCCUGACAUCAGUCGAUGAUGACAUUGCCCAGGAAGCUACCUCUCAUAUGAACGAAAAUCCUGGCCACCACAUGUGGAACCUUUAUGACCUGUCAAUCCUGUGGAAGACCCUCCUACAGAAGUGCAAGAUCAGACCUCUGAUUCGUGGCUUCCAGCUGUUUCAAAGGGAAUCUCCCCUCAUCCACAUGCUGCAGAUGUAUGAGCUCUGCUACGACUACAAAAACUACCAAGGGGCUAAAAACAAGCUACUGGAGUUCCAGAAAUGUCUGCUUAAUGUGAGAAGAAAAAAAACUGUUCUUCUCCAUCACACUUCAUUUCUGAGGAGUAGUGGAAGCGUCCUGGGUUCGGAGUGUCUCCCAGUCCAGUGGGUGGAAGCCCAGGCUUCGGUGCUGCUCCUCACACUGUUGCAGCAAUGCAGAACGCAGUAUGAGCUGUGCAGACUGCUGCAGCUACUGGCCGAUAUGGAGCGUAUGCUUAAAUCUAACGGGCCUGACUUUAAAAAGCUGAGCCAGUUAAGCCAAAUCCUGGCUGAUACACCAGUGCCCCUGUCCCCAUGCCUUCUGGAGAACUACACCACUAAGAGCCUGCAGAGGGAGUGCCAAAGAAUGCUCGAGGAGCUACAGGACCUUGCUCUCUUCUGUCAGGCUAGGAAAGUGGCCGAGCUGGCAGGGCUGCCCAUUGACCACCUGAUAAUAAAUGAGCUGUUGAGGGACCUGAAGAUGUUAAAGGCAUCACGUCAGUGGGAAAGACAGGAGACGCGUCUGGCUUUCUGGAGGAAAUGUCAAGAGCAGUUUAAGGCCGACUGCAUCGGAGCAGAGUCAGCCUGCCAGUUUUUUCUGUCCCAAGCAGAGGAUCCUGUUCAGAGAGACACAGAGCUCCUUCAGGUGCAGGAGAGAUGCCUUCUGCUGGCUUUAGCUGCUCAGUGGCUUUGCCAGCACAGCCCCCCUGCAUUGGAACGUUUAGCUGAACUGGAGAAGCGGCAAUGGGAAUGGCGCAUCCGUCGCAUGAUCCUCACCACAGCCCUGGAGCAGCAGAGCCUGUUCACUCCAGCCCCUGGACCAGAUGCCUUUGAUGGCCUCCUCAAAGAAUACUCCUUUUCCAAAAUGGCUGUCUUGGAUGAUCAAGCAUAUCUGAACAUUGACGGUCUUCCAAUGACAGAGGAGGGUUGCUUGCUAGAAGAGCAGGAGCAAAAGGCAUUGUCCACUCUUAUUGGUCAACUGUUGGACGAAGGGAGUGUUCACGAAGCGAGUCGAGUGUGUCGAUAUUUUGAGCUGCUGCACAGAGAUGUGUGGCUGGUGUUGCAGUGCCGGGGUUUGGCCUGUGGAGAAAUCCAGCCAGGACUGCCGGAACUUCUCAGCUCUGACCAAGAGUCCAGGAGAAGCUUGCCUAGCUGCUCCAGCACAGGAAGUCUGUCCUCAUUUGUGGUGGUUUCCUCACCUGAAGACCAGGUUCUCUCCCAGCUUCAGCUUCUAGUAGACCAGUGUCGUCAUGGCAAGAGCUACUGCAAGCAGGUUCUUAGUCUCUACGAGCUCUCCAAGGAGCUGCGAUGUUCCUACAGCGAGAUCUCAUCUGAAGAGCCAGAGGCUGUGCUACGGAAAGUUCUCCUGUCCCAGCAGCCUGAGCGCUUUAAGAAAGCACAGGCUUUUAUUAGUGUGCAGGGCUUACAGCCUGACUCUGUAGCGCAGCUCAUCACCUCCACAGUGUUGGAUGGAUUACUGGCCUCUUCACAAGACAGAGAGACAGCAGAGCGGCAUAUUUACAGUCCUUCUGAAGGUAAAGAGGCCUUCUUGCAACUGGCUAAACUGUGUGGUGACCCCAACCUGGUGGGCAUCAAGUUAUUGGACAUCAUCCCUACAGUCCCGCUGGCAGAACUGGGAUGCACUGUGGAGCUGCUUAUCCUGGCACAUGACUGCUUCAGUCUCACAUGUAACAUGGAGGGCAUUGUCAAGGUCUUGCAAGCAGCCAGGCACCUCAGCCACACACAUCUGGCACAUGGGGAGAGAUAUGGGCUGCUGGUCCGAUUAUUGACUGGCAUUGGAAGAUACAAUGAAAUGACGUACAUCUUUGAUCUUCUGAACCAGAACCAUCGUUUUGAGAUGCUGCUGAGAAAGAAAGUGGAGUCGAACACUAGAUUAAAGACCGCACUGCUGGAUUACAUUAAGCGCUGUCUGCCAGGGGACAGUGAAAAAUACAACAUGGUGGCUCUUUGUUUCAGCAUGCGCAGAGAAAUCGGGGAGAAUCAUGAAGGGGCUGCUCGAACUCAGCUCAAACUUAUCGAGUCCCAGCCAUGGGCGGUUACCCCAGAGCUCAAAGCUGGUUUAGAUAAGGUCCUUUUUUUGCUGAAAGAUGCUACAGAAAGUUAUUCAAAGGACUCGUGUAUGCGGCAAGCAUUACGGUGUGUAAAAAUGGCUAAACUCGUCACUCUGCAGCUUCACUUCCUCAAUCAUGGACAGGACCUUCGUGUAGUCAAUCUCCGGCCAUCAGAACUACUCGGUGCCAUCAUGGAUCUCCCACGGUGUUACCAGUCCUUUAUAGUAGCUGAGGCAUACGAUUACAGUCCUGACUGGGCCGAGAUUCUGUAUCAGAAAGUGAUUCUGAAAGGAGAUUUCUCCUACCUGGAGGAGUUUAAGCUGCACAGACCACUUCCAGCAAGUCUGUUUGAAGAAAUCUCUAAAAAGCUGAUAGUUAACAAGCCGCCCAACACUGUGAGUCAGAACCUGAAGAAGCUGCUGCAGUACUGUGAAAAUGUCUAUACUCACUACAAACUGGCCUAUGAUCAUAACUUCCGUGAUGUUGCCAACACUCUCCUACAGGAUACCAAAUCAAGCAGUUACCUUAAUGACCGAUUGAGCAGCUGAUUCACUUUAUUCUGCUCUCAUGUAGCACGUAGUUCCGUAAACCAGUUGACACUGACAUUUUAUACACGUUUUCAGCAGUAUUUCAGCCAUCGUAUAACUUUUUGCAUUAAUUCUGUAAGAAUUUCAAUGAAAUUAUGACCCUGAAUAAUGAAAUGUACAUAUAUAAGAGAUUAAAUCUAACUUUGCUAUUGGU